AUGUAUUCUGUUCUCAAUCUUACCUACAUAUUGGUACUUUUCGCCAGCUUUGCCAAUGCAUUGCACAUGGAAGUUCCUGCACUCCCCAAUCCGACUCCUGUCUGUAUCCGUGAUUUUGUCCAGGGAGAUCAAAUGGUUGUGGUGAAUGUCUUUACCGACGGCUAUAAAGGCGAUGGUCAAAGAUUAGACAUGAGAGUGACAGAUUCAUUGGGUAAUCUUUACGCUACGAGGAAGAACGUCGUUGGUGAGACCAAAGUCGCGUUUACGUCACACAACAAUGCUGCAGUAGAUAUCUGUUUUACAAACCAUCAAGAGCAAGAAUGGAAAAAGCACGGUUCAAGGGAGAGCUCCAUUCGUUCCGUUGAAUUGGAAAUAGAAAGCGGAGCUGCAGCAAGGGAUUGGAAUGCAUUGCAAGCAAGUGAAAAAUUAAAACCCAACGAAGUUGACUUGAAAAAGAUUGAAAGUUUAACUGGCGAGAUCAUUCAAGAAUUGCAAUAUUUAAAAGCUAGAGAGGAGAGAAUGAGAGAUACAAACGAGUCAACUAAUUCAAGAGUGAAGAAUUUUUCUAUUGUCAUAAUUGCUUCACUAGUGGGGUUUGGUGUUUGGCAAAUACUGUAUUUGAGGCACUAUUUCAAAGUAAAGCAUAUCAUUUAA